AGAAGCAUAUGUGAAAAAAAUUCUCACUUUUCCUUAAGCUUCUCUCUCUCUCCUCUCUUCUGCACAUCUUCUCUCUCUCACCGGAGACAUCAAUUCCUCCUUUUUGACUAAAAUUGCGCGACUUGGGGCUUUGAUCCAUUCCCUUAGUGAAUCUCACUUCCUCUCUCUCUCUCUCUCUAGUUCCCCUUUAGGGUUUGUUCUUCUUCGAUUCUUCCAAAGCUAUACUAUGUUGGUCUGAUCAAAACAAAUCAUCUGCGUAACUGUGUUUGGUGAGAUGGCUUUGAACGAUACUGAUCCUGUCAAAGCUCAAUCGAAGAAGAAAGCUAACGAGACCGAGCAUCAGAAAAGGAAGAAGAACGAUGUCGUUAGCAAAAGUAAAGGCGAAACCUUUGAAGAAGAAGAUGAAGAAAGAGAAGAACCAAGUGGGUGCUGGGUCAAGUUCAGGUUCAUGAUUGGCUGCUUACCUUCGAAAUCAGACCUUGAUGCUUCAUCUUCUUCUCUCUACGCCACUACCAGCACAGUGACUACAAUGGAAAGUAAAUCAGCAAAUGAGAAAUCAACUGAUCAACCAGCUGGUCCUGUUUCCUCAACCACAACGACCAGCAACGCAGGAAGCUCUUCAUCGACACCAAUGAUCAGCGAAGAGCUCAAGGCUUAUUCUAACCUGAGGAACUUUACUUUCAAUGACCUUAAGCUAGCUACUAGAAACUUCAGACCAGAGAGUCUUCUCGGAGAAGGAGGUUUUGGUUGCGUCUUUAAAGGAUGGAUCGAAGAAAACGGUACUGCUCCUGUUAAACCCGGUACUGGGCUUACUGUUGCUGUCAAAACGUUGAAUCCUGAUGGACUUCAAGGUCACAAAGAGUGGCUUGCUGAGAUCAAUUUCCUUGGUAACCUUCUUCAUCCGAAUCUAGUGAAGCUGGUUGGUUAUUGCAUUGAAGAUGAUCAAAGGCUGCUUGUUUACGAGUUCAUGCCUCGAGGAAGCUUGGAGAAUCAUCUUUUCAGAAGGUCGUUGCCUCUUCCUUGGUCUAUCCGGAUGAAGAUUGCAGUAGGUGCUGCAAAAGGUCUCAGCUUCCUCCAUGAAGAAGCUUUAAAGCCUGUCAUUUAUCGAGAUUUCAAAACCUCAAACAUCUUACUUGAUGCAGACUACAAUGCAAAACUAUCUGAUUUUGGACUUGCCAAAGACGCUCCUGAUGAAGGCAAAACACAUGUCUCUACUCGAGUUAUGGGUACAUAUGGUUACGCUGCUCCUGAGUAUGUAAUGACUGGUCACUUGACAUCAAAGAGCGAUGUGUAUAGUUUCGGUGUGGUUCUCCUCGAAAUGCUGACUGGACGACGUUCCAUGGACAAGAACCGCCCAAACGGCGAACACAACUUAGUGGAAUGGGCAAGACCGCAUCUACUCGACAAAAGAAGGUUUUACCGGUUGCUCGAUCCAAGACUCGAGGGCCAUUUCUCGAUCAAAGGCGCUCAAAAGGUGACUCAGCUCGCUGCACAGUGUCUGAGCCGUGACCCCAAGAUUAGGCCAAAGAUGAGUGACGUCGUCGAAGCGCUCAAACCACUUCCUCAUCUUAAAGACAUGGCGAGCUCUUCUUACUACUUUCAGACGAUGCAAGCCGAGCGUUUGAAAAACGGGUCGGGUCGGUCUCAGGGAGGAGGAAACGGGUUUGGAUCAAGAAACGGGCAGCCGCAGCCUGUGUUUAGGACGCUGUCUAGUCCUCAUGGUCAACAUGGUUCUUCGCCUUAUCGGCAUCAGGUGCCUUCUCCAAAGCCUAAAGGAGCAACUACAUAAAGCUCUCUUGUGUGGACAAAAGCCUAAAUGGUCAAAAAAGCUUUUAUCGUUUUUUUUCUAAGCGGCAAGGAGAUAAAUUUUUAACUAAUGAUGUUAUGGUAAACUCUUUGAUGGAUUAAUGUAAAAAAAACGAUGGAGAACGGUGAAUCCAAUUGGGUUGUUAUGGAAGUCUGAUUUUAAUGUGAAACUAUAGUUAUCUAA